GUAAUGAAAGACAUGGUUGCCGAUGGCGCGGGCGAUCAGGUCAUCUUGGCGACGGGUGGCUACGACCAUAGCAUUCGUCUCUGGCAAGCGCACAGCGGAUUGUGCCAGCGGACGCUUCAGCAUGCCGACUCUCAAGUGAACGUGCUUGAAAUCACUCCCGAUCGCCAACAUAUAGCUGCCGGAGGCUACCAGCACAUCCGCACCUAUGACAUCAACUCGACAAACACAAACCCCGUGAUCAACUACGAGGGGCUUGGAAAAAAUGUGACUGCCCUGGGGUUCCACGAGGAUGGCCUAUGGAUGUACUCAGGCGGCGAAGACUUCUCAGCUCGCAUCUGGGACUCGAGAGCGAGGGCGCAGACGUGCCAGCGAGUGUUUGAGACCAAUGCCCCAGUCAACUGUGCCUGCCUGCAUCCAAACCAGUGCGAGCUCUUCAUUGGUGACCAGACUGGCAGCAUCUAUGUCUGGGACCUCAGAAAUAACCACAAUGAGCAGUUGACCCUAGAUUUGGACGUGUCUGUCCAACACUUGGACAUCGAUUCCACUGGCCAGUACCUGGCUGCCAUAGACAAUAAGGGGGUGUGCUACCUGUUCCUGCUGGGGAGUGGAAGUGACAACCAGAUCUCCAGCCCCGAGCGGAUGCUGAAGUUUGAGGCGCACAAGCGCUAUGGCCUCAAGUGCCGUUUCAGCGUCGACUCCGAGCUGCUGGCGACAUCGUCGGCCGACACAACAGCGCGCGUCUGGAGGGUGUCAAACCUGAUUGCUUCUGGUGAUGACAAUGGGCCGGAGCGACUAGUCCGACGGAGCUCUUCGCAGUCAUCGACGGGAACUCGCGCAUGGAAGGUGGCCAACAUCCCCCCAAUGUGCGAGAUGAGCAACAUCAACCAGCGCUGGGUGUGGGACAUUGCAUUCAGCUAUGAUGCACAGUUCCUCAUUACAGCAUCAUCGGACACUGUUGCCAGGCUGUGGAGUGUCUCCCCAGCAGAGGUGAAGAGGGAAUACAGUGGCCACCAGAAGGCACUUACAGCUCUGGCAUUCAGAGACAGUACUUGACAAGCCAUCACAUCUAAGCAUUGCCUUGGACAAAUAAAUAUGUUAAGUUUCUCUUCCAUACAA